CGAGGAGGUGCCGAGGAGGAGGCAGCAGCAGCAGCAGCAGCAUGAGUCCCAGGCGGCGCUGAGCCCCUGUCCCUGCUCCGGGAGCUGGGGGCAGGCUGGGGGGCUUCCCCUCCCUCGCCCUGCCCCUGCCCCUGCCCCUGCCCCCGGCAAUGACCUCCGCCAGGGAAGGGAAAGCCGCUGCCCCUUUGCCCCCGCCCGGCGCCGCUGCCGCUGCCUCCGCCGCCGCCGGGGAGAGGCACCGAAACCCGCUGGACCAGCUGCCGCCCCCGGCCAACUCCAACAAGCCGCUGACGCCCUUCGGCAUCGAGGACAUCCUGAGCAAACCCUCCGGGCGCAGGGCCGCCGCCGCCCGCCUGCUGCUGCUGGACAAGGCCGCCCCCGGGCCUCCCACGGCUGCGCCCCCGGCCUCGCCGCUCUGCGCCCUGGAGGAGCUGGCCACCAAAACCUUCCGCGGCCUGGAGGUCAACGUGCUGGAGGCCGCCGAAGGCCGAGAACCGGUGGGCGCCUUCGGGCCGCGGCAGCCCGCCAAGAAACGCCGCAAGUCGCGCACGGCCUUCACCAACCACCAGAUCUACGAGCUGGAGAAGCGCUUCCUCUACCAGAAGUACCUGUCGCCGGCAGACCGGGACCACAUCGCGGCGCACCUGGGCCUGAGCAACGCGCAGGUCAUCACCUGGUUCCAGAACCGGCGCGCCAAACUCAAGCGGGACCUGGAGGAGAUGAAGGCGGACGUGGAGUCGCUCAAGAAGCUGCCCCCGGCCGCGCUCGAGAAACUGGCCAGCAUGCCCGAGCUCGAGCCCGACCCUCCGCCGCCCCGGGCCCGAUCCGGCAGCCUGCCUCGCGGCUCGCCCCCCUCCUCCCCCGGCGCCGCCGCCGCUCUCCGCGCCAAGGACCCCUUCUCCGACGGGGAGGACCAAGAGGAGGACGACUGCGAGGACGAAGAAGAGAUAGACGUGGGGGACUGAGGGCCUGUUGCGUCCCGCUGCCCCUCCCUGGAAGGCCCGGUCACGGGACAGGGCCUGGACCCCUUCGCCCACCGGCGGCCCCAGCGCAGUAGGCCCCACGGAGGUGGAGAAAGAGUUCCCCACCCCUGGUCGGAAGAUCUCCCGUUAGGCCCUGGAUUCCCCGGCAGAGCGGUCUGGACUUUUCCGCAUGCCCUGGCAGAUCCCCCCCCCUAACCAUUUCUCCGAACCCCGCCCCCCCUUCUCCUUCCCAGACCCUUCUGCCUUUGCUGGCUGAAGGGAGAGGAUUUGGUGCAAUUUUUAAAGAACGGUGGUGGGGUGGAAGGGGUUUCAACAAUGGUUUCGUUUCGUCCUGUGCUCUUGGCUGUUUGUCUCUGCCUGCUCGUUUUGUCGUUCUUCGAGGGAGGAGGGGGCUCUUCCCCCAGUGCGGACUGCGGGGGGGGGGGGGGCGUCGCGGCCGAAGGCUCCUUGCUUGGUGCCCCAGAGUCUCACAUUCCAAACGCGGCGCCGAACCAGCCGCCCGGGAAACGCGCCCUGCACGAUGCCGUCCCAGCGGCCGUGGCUCCGAAGCGCUUCUGCGGCCCUCUAGCUCGGCAGUCUGGGCCCAGCCGCCGGCUCCUUCCUUCCUUGCUUCAGCCCCAGCCCGCAGUUCUCGGGGGAGGGGGGCUGUAACUGGGCCGGUGGGCCGAAGGCUGCUCCCCUCUCCCCUCCCUUCUGCCCUACAGACUGCGCUGCCUUUGCGUCCGCCCCGUCGUGUCUCUGAGGUCUGUGCGUGUAAAUACUCGGAAUAAACUGCGACAACCGAGCCCUCUGCCAACUCUGCCCAGUGCCCUGCCUGCCAUGGAGGGCGGUGGGAGGGAGGGAGCGGGGCCUUGAAAUUCCACAGGACCUGCUGGGGUUUGUGACACGACUUUGCACUUUCUAGAAUAACUGGGGGGGGGGGAGUCAAUCUGGGGCGCAGUGACCGGGGCGGGAAUCUGCUGUGGGGCGCCCUGUCCCGGCGCUGGCGUAGCUGCCCGUGGGGGCCCUCCUCCUCAGGAACCGGCCCUGAGCUGGUCCGGGAUCCAAGCAGCCCAGUGAGCCACAACCACCGCACGCACACACACGCCCGCGCCUUCUUCCACUAGUUUCCACAGCCACUGAGGA